AGAAACGGUGCAGGCAGAGCAUCGCCAGCCUAGCAGUGUCUACUCAGUGGUUGCUACUAUGGUGCGUGGAGCAUCGAGCCGUUAGUGGAGAGAUUAACGCCCCAGUUUCAACUUAAAGGCGAGCAGAGCAGAAGUAAAACAGGGAAAAAAAGGAAGAAACAAAGAGGAAUAAGGCCUUGGAGAAUAUGAACAAAGUGGACGCACCAUGUCGACCCGCUGCCUCUUUGAAAUUCACUAUUGACAACAUUCUCAACCUCAAGACAAGCGGGGCCAACAAUGACAGAUGUCUCCCCACCGGGCUGCAGGAUGACACGAUCAUGGUGACGCAUAAAGACGAGUUCCAGAGUCACCACAAGGAGCACGGAGCCCAGCAGAGUCUGGGCGCGGGUAGCAGGGUUCUCGAAAGCGAGUUGAUCACAGACUGCAGCGGAGCAACGGAAUCGGUCAUCAGCAGCCACAGAGAUCCGAGAAAGGCGGAGGAGGUGCGCUUUGAGAGCGGGGACAGCAGCUGCGACGACAGCGGCUCCGCCAUCGCGCCCACGGAACCCCGCAAAGGAGCCUGUCCGGUCAAGAAGAGCAAAAUGAUGACGAAAAAGAAAACGCGCACUAUUUUCUCCAAGAGACAGAUUUUCCAGUUGGAGUCUACCUUCGACAUGAAACGUUAUCUGAGCAGCGCAGAGCGCGCCUGUCUCGCCAGUUCCCUGCAGCUCACGGAAACCCAAGUGAAAAUUUGGUUUCAAAACCGCAGGAAUAAACUGAAACGGCAAAUUUCCACCGACAUCGAAGGACCCGUUAGCGAUUUCCCCGAGACUGGAAAGCCGGUGGUGGUGGUGGGGCAGCUCCCGGCCAUGUACAAAGACAGCAACCUGCUGGGGAGGUGCCUGCUGCCCGUUCCUCUCCCCGUGGUGUACCCGGGGAGUAGCACGCCUUAUCUCUGCUUCUCAAACGCCAGCAAGUACUUCAGCCUGUAUGACGGGGAUGUAUGAUGGUUUUAGAAUUUUCCACGUGAAAGAGACACUUUCUGGUGGUGCGUUGCCAAGUUCAAAGCAUUUAGAGGGUGGGGCCCGACCUGCGGCCUCAGCUGUUCACGAACACUGAAAGUACGACAGCGAAGUAGUUACAUAUCAAAAAAAUUAGCUGAUUCGAUAUUAUUUAUUUUUCGGAAUUAAGGGUUUUGUAGGUCUGCCACUAAACCUGCUAGUUACACAUAUCCGUUUUAUUUAGAAAAGAGCAGCCUAAACUAAUGAUAGCCUGAGGGAGGCCUAAAGAGCGUCUGUCAUUUCUUUUUAUUGUUUACAUGGCAUUAUUUUUAUGCUUUUAAUAACAUUUCCAGCAGCCACCAAAGAAAUUACUAUAGCCUAUUUGCAUGCAUUUCCAGUAUCAUAAUGAAUUUGAAUUACUAAAAUUAUCUAUGUAUUUAAAUGAAUGUAACAUUUUUAUUGUGUUUCACGCAUGCCUAUUUUUUCCUGAGUAUCCUACUAUUGUUAUUUUACUCCA